AUGCAAUCCAAUUUUUCCAAUAAUCAUUUAACUGUUUACAAUACUAAUAUGAACAGUGAAAGAAUUAAACGACCAAUGAAUGCAUUUAUGGUAUGGUCACGUUUACAAAGGCGUAAAAUGGCUGAAGAGAAUCCUAAACUUCAUAACUCUGAAAUCAGUAAGCAAUUAGGUAAUUUGUGGAAAUCUUUAACAAAUACUGACAAAAUUCCAUUUAUUGAAGAAGCUAACCGACUACGUGAUUGUCAUAUGAGACGUUAUCCAAAUUACAAAUACUGUCCUAGACGAAAACGUAAACAACCAACAAAUAAGGUUGUAUUACAGCAAAAAGUAAAAACUACUGCUGAAUUACCUCUUGAGUUAGUUUUAUGUCCUACCCGUUCAAAUUGUUUUCAAGCAGCAAGGUUAACAAGAGUUCCGAAAGCUGUCACUCAACCAUAUAAUAAACCACGUAUUCCUAUUAUUGCUCCGACAAUGAAAUCAUAUGAAAUAACACAAAAUAGAAAUAUGUCAAUAAAUGAGAUGAAUCAUAAACCAGAACCAUUUAUAAUAUCACAAAUGAACAUGAUGUCAAUGAGUAACAAACCCAUAUCAAAUAUGUGUACAUCAGUUCAAAAUUUAAUGGCAAAUAACAAUUCAACAUAUUUUCAAUCAACUGAUACAAUUUAUGAUCCUUACAAAAUCCAAUUAACAAGUACAUUUCUUCCUAAUGUGAACAAUCGAAAUAAUAUGACUAGUUAUCCUGAUCAAAAAGAAUUUUACACAGAUUUUAAUAUAUCUCAACCUACAACUAGUAAUGAUAUAAAUAAUUGUCAUCAAGAUUCAUGCACUUAUGAGACAUCGCAUUCACCAGAGAUCUAUUCAAGCUUUUUAGAUUCAAUUGAUUUACAAACAUUUUUCUAA